AUGUGCCUCCGUAAGGUUCCGGAUGCCUUGGCCGUGAUAGAAGAAUGGGAUCGACAGACCGCAGCACUGGAAGGAAAGUCAUUGAAGUGGGACUCAUCCAAAGCGUCGAUAGAGCUUUACGAGCAACUUGAAGGUUUCGGGAGCACGAGCGUUGGUUGGAAAUCACUAAAGCUGGUUGUUCGUGCACAUGCUGUUUCCAUGUUAACGGAAGCUGUCACAGAAGGCCUUUUUGAGCCCCCUUUUGUACGAUUGUUGGCUGACCUUUGCCUCAGCCUGGAGUGUAGAGCUGAAGCAGGGCGACUUGUCUCGAGUCUGAAGCUCCCCUUGACUGCACCCUGCGGUUCAGCGAGUACGCUGUUGGAGUAUAGUGAAGUGCAACCUCUAGGGGCUAUACUGAGAAGUUUACAGGGCCAAGGAACGAUCGGCCCAUCUUGGUGUUGCCUUUCGACUCUUAUCAAGGCCAAGAAACUCCCACCGAGCUGGCUCACGUCUCGGGCGUUUCAGUCAGUAUGGAUGCGAGGAAUCGAGAUUAUACUACACAGAAGAACCCCCGUGGCCCCUGUCGUCGAUUUCAUGUGUACGGCAAUUAAUCAAUUACUGCUAGAAGACAGAAAAGCGAUGAAAAUGGGCGAAGCCUCUGAGGAUGAGACUCUAACGAAUGUGCUGGCUGCAGUAGCUGCAGCGACAUGGACCUUGGGUGCUGAGAUGAAUGACAAAGAGCCGUGGAAAGUCCACUCAAUUCGACGUCUUUUAUUCAUACUCGAGUCUUGCGCACAUCAGCAGGAGAGCCGUCGCGGCACCUCUCGAAACAGAGGUCUUCUCAUAGUCGUUUUAGCUCGGUUCCUAGCUGCCGGGCUUCCAGAUUGGUUUCAGAACGGUUUAAUAUCUGACGGGGCCUUUGUUCUGGCGCAGAGAACGAGAGAUCUCCGAGAUGUUGCCUUCGCGGAAAGGCUUCCUGCUGCUGGCAAGGGAACCUUGGAAACAAGUACGAUAUUUUCGGGCUGGUGUUGGGAGGAAGGAAUUGGCGAAUGGGUUCUGCCCAGCCCUGGUCAAAAACCACGAAGCGAGCUGAGACGGCAGAACCACCUUCAAAACGGAACGAGAUACCAAGCAAGCGGAGAUCAACCAGAUAGUCGAGCCCGGACUAGUAGCCUAAGAGGGGCUAGGGUUGUCUACAGUAACAGUCUUAGAUACGGGAGCGACGAGGAUAGCUCCGCGGGAAGUGAAAGGGGGGCGGAGAAUCAUGAUGGCACGGACGACACCGACAGGGAGGAUGAGAACGAUACGAGCGCAACCAGCAUGACAGAUUUUAUUGUCAGGGAUGGCCAAGACAGCGAAGACGAACUUGGUGAAUAUUUCCCUCCGAGCCCAGCAUCGAAACGAGAUCUGAGCAUUGGGAAGAGAAACGUGAAUGGCAACAGCGUAAAAACGCUGAAGCGCUUGGAUAUCACGCGGACCUGGCAGGCGACCAGACUUUAUGGCUCAGGGGGUUCUGUGGCUGGAAAAGUAGAAGAUGAUACGGAUGACGAUGAACUUAGCAUAUUGCUCUGA